CUCAAAGGGGAAUCACGAGGAAGCGGUCCGUCAUUUGAUCAGACAAUCAUUUCUCUCUAACUCUUCAUACCAUCAUCUGCCUUUGAGCUUGUGUGUUUUGAACAGCCUCUCUAUUUCUCCAAGUUUCUAGCAAGGCCAGCAUCCUCUCUAACUGAUUCUCUGUUGCGCUUUGGAGUAACUAUCUCGGGCUCUUAUCUAGAGAUACCCCACCUUCUCUCCUCGCCGUCACUCCGCCCAAGACUUCUAGCAGCAGCAGCCAUGAACAUCAUCUACUCGACCGUCAACAGCCUGCGCGACAGGUACACACCUGCAAGCCACACCUCGACAUUCCGCAAGACGGGCGAGAUUACGCCCGAGGAGUUUGUGGCUGCAGGCGACUAUCUCGUCUUCAAGUUCCCUUCCUGGUCGUGGGCCGACGCUGAGAUCCCCAGCAAACGCAUCAGCCAUCUUCCGCCGGGAAAGCAGUACCUCGUGACCCGCCACGUCCCGUGUCACCGCCGUCUGAACGACGACUUUGCUGGCGAUGCAGGCCACGAGGAAGCCGUGGUAGAGGGCGGCAAGAACACCGACGAAGAUGGCUGGCUGCGCACGGGCGGCUUGACCAGUUCCCAGCCGCUCAAGGUCAGGGAGGUGCGGACGGUGGACGAUGCGGGGAAUGUUGGGGAAAGGGAGGUCAUCGAUGAGGACGACAUUCCGGAUAUGGAAGAUGAGGAAGACGAUGAGGCCAUCAUCAGGGAUGCAGAGGGGGAUGGCAAGAACAGCGGAAGGAGAACUUACUCGCUCUACAUCGUUUACUCGCCGUGGUACAAGACCCCGAGGAUGUACAUGUCCGGCUACCAACCGAAUGGCCAGCCGCUUCCUCCGCACCUCAUGAUGGAGGAUAUCGUUGGCGACUACAAGGACAAGACGGUGACGCUAGAAGACUUUCCUUUUUUUGCCAACAACGUCAAGAUGGCCAGCAUACAUCCGUGCAAGCACGCCUCAGUAAUGAAGACGCUUCUAGACCGUGCCGAUGCGGCCCUCAAGCUGCGGAGAGAGAGACAGAACGCUGGCGUGGCAGCAGGCAGAAAUCAAGGGCUGGAGGGCCUCGAGGGCCAGAUUGGCAACCUCAGUGUCGGUGCUCCAGAUGCCACCAGCGAUAACAACGAUGAGUGGGAGGAAGUGCAGCACGACGUUGGCGAUCUGGAGGUGGCCAUCCGGGUGGAUCAGUAUCUUGUUGUGUUCUUGAAAUUCAUUGCCAGUGUGACCCCUGGUAUUGAGCAUGAUUUCACCAUGGGUGUCUGAUGUCUUAUUCCUGUCCACAUCGGUCAUGUUAGGUUGACGGCGGGUUAUCUUCCUUGGAUGGGCCCAUUCAUGGAUAGAUCACGGCGAAACGGCAUGGGCCAG